ACUGUAUAAUACUUGGAGAUCUCCCCUCCGUCAUUCGAAACACUCGCCGACCCCGGUAUCAAACAUCAAACUGGCCUUGCGAGGAGCGCUCCAAACCAUCGGCCUCACCGUCCAGUUAGGGCUCGCCGCCUUUGCUGCUUACAACGCAACCCAAAGGCUGCUGGGCCGACCGACGGCGAUGGCCUCUCCCGGAUUUCCCCCGAGGCAUCUUGAUGCGACAACGGGUAGAGAAGUCGUCUACUGCUAUGGCUGCGAAAACGAGUGGUAUCGCGACGAUUACCCCCAUCUGGACCUAGAAUGCCCCAGGUGUCACAAUGAUUUCGUCCAGAUUGUCGAACCGGACAACGAUCCCCGACCAGGUGUUCAACAACAAGGUCACCGUUCAGACUCGGACCCGGAGGAAGAUGACAUAGAGCAGUUCCUCGAGCGUGGCCCCGGGUCCUUCUUCAUGCGACGAUCGGUGUACCAAUCGCCAGAUAGUCCCUUCAACCGUUCAAGUGGGAACGGUCUUGAGGAUCUUGAUAGCAGUCCGGACCGGCCGCGUGCCCGUCCAGAUGAUCCUGGCGAGGCCGUUUUGUCGCGAUUCGCCGAUAUGUUUGUCGAGUUAAGCGGCGCAAGGCCGGGACAGCAAGGGGAAAACGCCUUUGGGACACAGCCGCGGAUACAGCGUACGACUUUUACCAGAGCAGGAGACGGCAUGGCUAGCUUUACCUUCACGACCACGACAACUACAGGAGGCCCAGCGGGAGACGGGCCGGAAGUGCCCGCUUUUGACACGUAUGUUCGCUCGCGACAUGGCAAUGGUUUCCCUGGAAUUCGCAGACACACAAUCAUUGUUGUGACUAAUAGGAGGGCUAACUCGAACGGUGAUGGCAGUCUGUUUAGGGGUCUCUUUGGCAACAUCCCGCCGCCGGGCGCGGAAGACCCCGGUGGCGGCCAGGGCCAGGGCGGUGGUCCACGAGGGCCUCCUCUUGGGUUUGCCACUGGCCUGCAGGACUUUAUCGCUACAUUGCUGAACCCACAGGCGGCAGUCCAUGGCGAUGCCGUGUAUACCCAGGAAGCACUCGACCGCAUCAUAACGACCCUCAUGGAAGCUAACCCGCAGUCCAAUGCGGCUCCUCCAGCAACGCAAGCCGCUAUUGAGAAAUUACCCAAAAAGAUCCUCGACGAGCAGAUGGUCGGCCCCGAGGGCAAAGCCGAAUGUACCAUUUGCAUCGACGACAUGUACAAGGGCGAAGAGGUCACGGUGCUACCGUGUAAGCAUUGGUUCCAUGGGGAAUGCGUCACUUUAUGGCUUAAGGAGCACAACACGUGCCCUAUCUGCCGAAUGCCGAUCGAGGGCAACAGCCCAUCCGGGAGCAACAGCAACAACAACAAUAACAAUAACAGCCCAUCGUCCGCAUCACGCCAAGAAGCAAGUACCAACUCUGCAUCAGCCUUCGCGUCCACAUCCGCACCAGGAAGAAACCCCUUUGAAUCACUUAACCCCUUUGGAUCACAAGCCCAAUCGGCCAGAGAGCGACUUCGGCGCAGCGAGCAGGAGAGAGAAGAGCGCCUCGAGCGGAUCCGUAACGUGGCCGGUGUUAGACGUACCGACUCUCAAUCCGAGGGAAUCUCCCGCCGAACUUCACACUCGCCUCCCAGCCGUGAGAACUCACGUUUUGACAUGCGAUCGCGCGAUAGGGACCCGUCGCCACCAAGGGAUAGGGGCACCUCGACGGCCUGGCAGCCGAAUACGAGCAGUAAUUCUCAGAGCAACAUUAGCAGCAGGUACAGCGGUGGAUUGAACAACCUCUGGGGACGCAAUAACGGUAACAACGGGGAGGGAAAUUCACGGGAUCGAGACGGACAGCAACAGCCAAAUCAACAGCAGCAGCAGCAGCAGCAGCAGCAGAGUUCGAGUUCUGGUAAUGGCGCGCUAGGGUGGCUUAGGGACCACUUCGGCCGUGGUUCUUCCGGUUCUGGCUCCGGGGCGGAUCGGGAUAGGGAGCGCAGACGCUGAGCCUGGUAGGAGCGGUCAUGGCAUGUGGAAUUGUGGGUGGCUCGAUUGUAUAAUUAUGUAUUGAAGAAUCGGCUCAAAUACACAUACAACGAAGGCAAAGGGAACAGACAC